GCGCCAGGGCCUCGGGUCCUCGGGAUCCGUCUCCGAGUGGAGUUAGUUGUCCUGACCCCGCGACCCCAGGACGACCCCGGACCCGGCACGGGCAAGCGGGACUUCCCGGCCUCCCCCACUCCGCAGCUGUAGCCGGAAGCGGAACUGCGUGUCGACUGGGCAGUGGGAGGGGGAUCAUGGCGACCCCGGCCGACCUGCCGGAUUCCGUGUACUUGGAAAUCUUUUCUUACCUCUCGGUCCGGGACCGGAUCCGCAGCUCCAGGGUGUGUCGCCGCUGGAAGAGGCUGGUGGAUGACCGGCGGCUGUGGCGACAUGUGGACCUGACGCUGUACACGAUGCGGCCCAAGGUGCUGUGGCAUCUCCUUCGCCGGUACAUGGCAUCUCGGCUCCAUUCACUGCGGAUGGGCGGUUACCUGCUGUCCGGCUCCCAGGCCCCCCAGCUCUCCCCGGCCCUGCUGAGGGCCCUGGGCCAGAAGUGCCCCAACCUGACACGCCUGUGCCUGCACGUGGCCAACCUGACCAUGGUGCCCAUCACCAGCCUGCCCUGCACCCUGCGGACCCUGGAGCUGCACAGCUGCGAGAUCUCCAUGGCCUGGCUCCUCCGGGAGCAGGAUCCCACGGUGCUGCCGCAGCUGGAGUGCAUUGUGCUGGACCGCGUGCCCGCCUUCCGCGAUGAGCACUUGCAGGGCCUGACGCGCUUCCAGGCCCUGCGCUCCCUGGUGCUGGGCGGCACUUACCGCGUGACCGAGACCGGGCUGGAGAGCAGUCUGCAGGAGCUCAACUACCUGCAGAGGCUCGAAGUCCUGGGCUGCACGCUGUCGGCCGACAGCACCCUCCGAUCCGUCAGCCGCCACCUCCGUGGCGUGCGUAAGAUCCGACUGACUGUGGGUGGCCUGUCGGCGCCAGGCCUGGCGGCCCUGGAGAGGAUGCCGGUCCUGGAGAGCCUGUGCCUACAGGGACCCCUCGUCACCCCAGAAAUGCCCUCCCCAGAGGAGAUCGUCUCGUCUUGCCUCACCAUGCCCAAGCUCCGAGUCCUCGAGGUGCAGGGACUGGGCUGGGAAGGACAGGAGGCAGAGCGCGUGCUGUGUAAUGGGCUGCCUCACUGUUCGGUCAUUGUCAGGCCCUGCCCCAAAGUGUCCAUGGACUGGUGGAUGUGACUGUGCCGUCGUCGCUGGGCCCCAGGCCAGCUUGCAUGGUGGAG